CUGUAGGCCCUGCGCCGAGGCACUGUUCCGCUGCGCCCACGCCUCCAGGGUCUCGUUGGGCACCAGGUGGGAGCGCAGCCGCGUUACCGAGCGCCGCAGCGUCGACACCUCCUGCGGGAAAGGGGCGAAAACGCAACGGAGACAUGAUAUAAGCCUCAAAUAAUCACAUACUAAUUAAAAUGGCGCUAAAAAUGAGCUAAAAGGGUGAAAAAUGGCCAUAAAUAAGGAAAUAAUAGCUGUGUUGUGAGCCGUGUACCGCCGAGGAUGACCAAAUACCGCCAUGGAUGUAAACAAACUCAUGUGACAAUAUAUAAAAAUGCCUCAAAAUUACAUUAAACACGAAUAUAUCUUCACUUAACACCUCAGAAACGUUAUAAAUGGGAAAAUGAGCUUAAAAUAACGUAGUAAGCUGAUAGGCCGAAAGCUGGAAAUACUAAAAUAGGCCUAACCUCCAUCACGGCCUUGUCAUAUCAAUCAAAGUCAUAUUUAGGACAGAAAAAAGAAAUAUAUGAGAAAAAUAAUCAUGAAAUACCUAAAACUAACUUAAAAUCACCUAAAAACGCAUUACCCUAAACCGUGUACGCUAAAAAUUAGACCCCAAACCUUACGUCAUAAAUAUCUAUCAAACUCAUAUUUAAGGCAGAAAAAGGAACAUAUAACCCCCAAAACAAUCAUUAAGUACCUAAAACUUACCUAAAAUCACCUAAAAGCGCAUUACCCUAAACCGUGGACGCCAAAUUAGACCCCAAAAGACGUCCUCCCUGGCUCUCCCUUCCUUCCCUUGACAUCACCCUAAAAAUCUCUCUACAAAAUGCUCUCUGCUGUGCUUAAGCGGAAGGGGAUCAGCAGGGGAGUCAGCAGGGAGGUCAGCAGGGGUUGUGCCUCCCUAAUAAGCCAAGCCCGGGGGAUGCUGGAGGGCCUGGGGGACGGGGAGGUGACCCUAGAGAAGGAUGUGACCUCGGGGGUAGCAACCAUUACCCUGAGGAAUGAGAGAAGGAAGAAUGCCCUAUCAGGUCGCAUGAUGGUCCAACUUGCCGACAUAACCCACGAACUAACGCACUGGGCCGAGGGGAAGGCUGUCGUUUUGACCUCCGAGGGCGACACGUUCUGCUCGGGGGGCGACCUCACCACCGUCAAGGCCAUCUGUGACCCUGACUCCGGGCUCCUCAUGUCGACCCUAAUGCACGAUGCCCUGACCCGACUCUACACACUGCCGCACCUCACGCUGACCCUAGUCCACGGGGCAGCUCUGGGGGGCGGCGCAGAGCUCACGACCGCGACCGAUUUCCGCGUCUUCACCGAAACUGGAGUUGUCGGCUUCGUGCAAGGUCGCAUGGGGGUCACGACAGGCUGGGGCGGCGGGACAAGACUCGUGAAGCUGCUGGGACCAUCGGCAACCCUUGACCUCCUAACGACAUGCAGGAAGAUCGACCACAAGGCAGCGGUUAACAUCGGACUAGCGGAUUACGUCGUAGCGAGCGAGGGGCGGAACGACGCUGCCCUUGGGUGGUUGUCGGAGCGGAUAGGACAUGCGACGGAGGUGGUACAGGCGGCGAAGCGGAUAGCUGUCGCUGCGAGGGAUCUGCCGGUGACCGAGGCGCUGUCUGUCGAGAGGGGGGUGUUUGCGCCGCUUUGGGGGGGCCCGGCGAACCUUAGGGCGCUCGGCAAGAACAUUAAGCAUAAGUAGAGGAGGAGGAGAGAGAGAGAGAGAGAGAGAGAGAGAGAGAGAGAGAGAGAGAGAGAGAGAGAGAGAGAGAGAGAGAGAGAGAGAGAGAGAGAGAGGAGGAUGUUGAGUUAAGUUAGGUUAGGUAAAGGAAGAGAGAGAGAGAGAGAGAGAGAGAGAGAGAGAGAGAGAGAGAGAGAGAGAGAGAGAGAGAGAUGAAGGAAUUGUGGAAGAUAGGACAUGGGAAAUACACAAUAAAAGAGGGAAAUGAGAAGGAGGAGGAGGAGGAGGAGGAAUGGAAGAAGAAGAAGAGAGGAGGAGGAGGAGGAGGAGGCAAUAAAAAUGAAAAUAAAAGAAAUAGAAAAGAAGGAAUAAGGAGAAGGAAGGAAGGAAGGAAGAAGAGGAAGAGAAAGAAGGAAGGAAGGAAGAGAAAAUAAAUAAUAAUAAUAAUAAUAAUAUAAUAGUUUAAUGUAUAUAUGUAUAGUGUAUGAUAAUGUAUUAGUGUAUAUAUUAAUAAUGUAUAGAAAUUGUGGUUAAAAUAUAUGAAUAAAAUGUAUAUAUAUUGAAUUA